AUGAGUAGGGAAGUGGCGGAGGCGGAAGUGGCGGAGGAGAAGGAGCCAGAGGCGGUCAGAGAGUCAGAGAGAGAAACGUCGCCACGCAAGCGGAGAAGGUCUAGCCCUGAUACCGCCCUCGCACGUCUAACCUCACCUACGGGUUCCAACCCUUCUGCCCCGCCAUCCACCUCGCGCGUCACGUCGGAACCCCCACAACCCAUCCAUCCACUACCCUCAUCCGCCAUCUCCUCUCUCAUCCAUCCCACCGGAUCGACCUCUCUCCGCCGCCGCACGCUCGACGAGUCGGACUCCCCCAUGCCCCGACCCGUUCAAGCUCCCGCUCCCUCUCGAUACCGCCACUCCACCUCCCCUAUCGCGGCUCUCGGCGCGUCUCUUCCCUCUCAGUCUCGCGACCGAGAUAUCCCCCGUUACGUCUCGCCAACGGAACCGGGGCAUACCUUAUCGCCUGCUCGACAGCAGCGCCCGCAAACUUUCCCCUCUAGCACAUCCGUCCCGCGCAGCUCCGAUAGCUUCAACCUUUUUCCACCUCCGCCACCCCCUCUCGGCCGCACCGCUCGACCCCGCCCGUCCUUACCUCCCUCUACCGCAGAUCGGCCCUCCGUCCAUCCACCCUCGGUCAGGGGCCCGUCAGUACCAUACGACGAGCCUCUCUACUUUACGCAGAGGGACUCGCCACCGCUGAGAGAAAGAGAACGGCCGGGACCCCAGUCUUUCCCUCCGUCCGGCUCUGGUACGUCCUCCUCGUACGCAGAAGCCCAUCCAUCCACCUCGCACCAAGCGAUCAAGGCGACAUUCAGCCUCGGCCCCAUGACCCCGGUGGACAUGCGGCAGUGGGAUCAGGGAAGAAGAGAGGCAUAUCAGCGGGGAUAUACCGAUGCGCUAAAGGCGGUACAGCGGGGAGUAGUAAGUGUGCAUGGCAGUCAAUACCCUUUUCCGACGCUGGUCAGGCGAGACGGGUCGGUACCGGUACCGGUUUCGGAAAGACCCCGUAGCAUCGAGCAACCGCGUCAGUCUCUGGGGGAGUCAUCUCGCUCCUCGUAUCCAAAACGACACCCUCAGCCUUCCUCCAACAUGUGGCUCCCGGCGGAUCGUUCUCCACAGCCUCCUCACCGGUACCCUCCCCCUCAUUACGACUAUGACCCAUACCCUUAUCGUUCCUCCGCCUCUGGCUCCAGCUCGACGUGGACCGACGAUGCUGCCGAGUACAGCCAGUACGGUCACUCCGUCCCUCCUCUCUCGCGCCAUCCAGCGUAUCCCUAUCACACCGACCCCGGGCAUGGGCCAUACUAUCCCGCCCCUCAUCCCCGCGCGUACACUUACGAGAACCAUCCCACCUACGCCUCCAACCCCACCACCACCACCACGACGACCACCACGGGCACUGGCGGAGGCGGAGGCACUGGCAGCGGCGAUGGCGACGUCUCCGGCUCGCCUAGCGUCCGCUUCGGUCCGCGUCAGCUCAUCUCGUGCUACCCCUGCCGGUCGCGCAAGAUGAAGUGCGACGGCAACAAGCCGUGCAUAUCGUGCAUCCGGCGAGGCAGCGAGGCGGAGUGCGAGUUUGCCGCGACAGUCAGGCGGAGAGGAAAGGGAAAAAAGAAUCCGAGGGAGGGUGGAAUGAGCGGUAGCGAGUCGGGACAGGAAAGUAUCGACGAGAGGUAUAGGAUGGAAGGGAUGAACUUGCCUGAUGUGGGCGAAGAUAGAAAUGGUUAG